GGCUCAGCAUCCUGAAGGAACUACAUCUACCACAAUGCUUUGCGGCCGGGACGCGCCUUGCCAUAGGCAGUGGGCACGUGAUUAGAGUCACAUGACGGGAGAGAUGGCCGCUCUGCCGGAGAGUGUAUUCAGCAGCCUGCAGCUCUUGUUAAAGGCCUCCUCCAAGGAUGUGGUCCAGAAGCUCUGCAGAGACUCCUUCCCUCCUUCAGCCCUGGACUCCAUCCAGCUGAUUGACAGCGCCUCGUCCAACCUGUCAGUGACCGCAGAGGAGGCUUCUCAGGUGGUACUGGCGGCACACUCCCUCACCCGCCACGUGGUGUACAGAGGCCUGACCUCUGCCGAGCAGAUUCUUCACAUCUUCCCGGAUGACUUUCACCAGAACCUGAAGAACCUCCUGACCAAAAUAAUUCUGGAGAAUGUAUCCGCUUGGAGAAGCGAAGCCCAGAACACGAGCAUCUCAUUGCCGCGUCUGGUAGAUAUGGACUGGAGGGUGGACAUCAAGACCUCGUCAGACUCUGUCACCAGAAUGGCGGUACCUACCUGUCUGCUGAAGAUGAAGAUCCAGGAGGACCCAGGUCUGUGUGGGCUGGAACCAGCGACCUCCACACUGACCAUGGAGCUCAGCAAAGAAACCUUGGACACCAUGUUGGAUGGACUGGGCCGGAUAAGGGACCAGCUGUCUGCUGUGGCUAACAAGUAGUUAAUGACCCCACCUCACCCGAUUGGGCGUCCUUAGCUUUCCGCCGCCUCGGACGUCACAUGACAUGAGAUACAACUGCUCAUAUCCUGUAAAUAUUUUUUUCUAGAGUUAUAUAAAACAAAAAAAAACGUACAA